ACUUGGCGGCGUUUAAUAUAAACAAAUAAGUCACACAUAUUUCACUAUCCUGAACCGUUUUGUUCAUUUUAAGCGUUAAAAUUCUCGACUGAAUGCCCACCGGAUUAUCCUGAACGCAGGAUAAUAGUUUGGAUCAUGCGGCGUUACUUUUUGCGCUUGUUUAGCAGUGAUGGUUUCGAUCUUAAUGCUGCAGGUCGUGCAGUCGCUGCUACAUAAUCUUUUGCUUAUGGGAAGCAUCCGAUCAGUUGUGGCUUGUUUAUCGCUAGCCGCUAUAGCGAGGAAAAUGAACGCCGCGGCGGGGCUGUGCGUCCCCGGGACAUCCGCUGCUGUGCCCGGGCUGCUCCGCCUGACUUCAGUACCCGGUUAUGACCAAAACCGCGUAAAUGAUCUUCUGCUCUUAAGACCCGCCACGGAAACGCAGAGACGAUGCGACAGCGAGAACCUGCAGAAUGGAAACAAUCACGUAGUCUUCUUUCCUGGAGACAUUCAGAACUUCCAGCAGGAAAUGGCCCUCCAGCCUGACGCUGUCCCAUGGCUGUCCUGGAGUCUGGAGCGUGUCGCCCUCACCCUGGGCCACCGUUUUCCUGGCUGCCAUAUCUGGAUAGUCCGUGCCUCCCACAUGUACCUACACAAGUUCAGCUGCUAUCAGAACUUUGUAGAGAGCAACCUAUUUGGAGCACCAGAACACUCUCCAGACUACGGAGCCAUUCGCCAUCUGAGGGCACUCCUGGGUCAUGGCAUGCAGCGGGCUGGUCUCCCAAAUCCUUUACCUCCUCUUAGUGGUACAGCCACCCCUGGCCCCCUUCCAGCAGGUUUCACCCUUACCAUAGUGGGCUUUAGUAAGGGAUGUGUUGUUCUUAAUCAAAUAGUGUAUGAGCUGGCUGGAGCUCGAGCAGACCCAGAACUGAGGCUGUUCCUGGACAGUGUCUCAGACAUUUACUGGCUGGAUGGAGGACACUCUGGUGGCAGUGAGACGUGGGUGACCGAUAAAUGCGCUCUGGAUGAGCUGGCCUCCAGUGGGGUGGCUGUCCAUGCCCACGUCACUCCGUACGAGGUGAGAGACCCGAUGAGGGCAUGGGUUGGGCGAGAGCACCAGCUCUUUAUAAAGACUCUGGAGGAUCUGGGUGCCUGUCUGAGCCAGAAACUGCACUUCGAGGAGGAGCCGGCAUCCAUUGAGAAUCACUUCCGAGUCAUUCUGGAGUUCUGACUAUUCUCGAUCUAUGCUUUCAAGUCUUAACAUGGAGUGUAUUCUCAUGCAGAGCAGAUGGCUUUGUAUUGCACUGAUGUAUUAGUUAGAAAAAAGCUUUGGGUUUGCCUACCCAACACUACAUAGGAGAAAAGAUCGAAGCUUAAAGGGAUAGUUCACUGAAAAAGUGAAAGACUGUCAUCAUUUACUCGCCCUCAUGCCGUUCCAAACCUGUAAGACUUUGGUUGAUUGUUAAAACAAAUUAAGAUAUUUUUUUAAUGGGACCUGAGAGGUUUCUGUCCCUCCAUUGAAAGUCCAGGUGACCAAAACUCAGAAGAUCAAAAAAGGUCAUGAAGAUCUUGUAAAAUGAAUCCAUAUGAAGCAAGCGGUUUAAACCUUGUGAAGAGAUAUGAUCACUUUAUAUGAUGAACAGACUUAAUGUAUUUAUUUAUUCACAUAUAAACACACAUAGAGCGCAUCCUCACGAAACGAACAUUCAUCAUGCGCUAGAACAAACCUCACUGGUUUCAAACAUGCAGAUUUGAGUUUCUGUGAUGUUGUUCAUGUAUGUGUCCAUCAUUGUUUAGAGGUCAAUAAAAGCCUAAAUUAAAUCUGACCUUUUUGGAUCUUGGUUACCUGGACUUCCAAUGGAGGGAGAGAAACCUCUUAAGUUUAAGAGGUUUAAAUAUCUUAAAUUGUGUUUCAAAGAUUAACAAAAGUCUUAUGGGUUUAGAACAACAUGAGGGUAAGUAAAUGAUGACAGAAUUUAAAUUUUGGGGGUGAACUAAGCCUUUAAUGACAGAACACUUAGCUGCCUGACAUUAAGCCUUAUUUGUUUGCCUGUUGCAUCUACCUACAUAGGCUUUGUCUGAUAUACUAGGAUACUUGUUUUACUUAGUCUAUUUGGAAUGCAGAUUUGCUUAGUAAAACAAUCAGCUCCGUGUGUUUAAAGGGCUCCCAUUUCCCAAGAAAGGAGAAGUUAGCUAUCUGAAAGUGCUUAUUAAAUUAAUUGGUUUUUAUGUCGCUACGGUAAAUUAAUAAGUUUGGAUUUUCAUUUCAAGUAUGUUUUCCCAAUUAUGUAUGGCUACUCCUGAAUGUAAAACACUCUUAACUUCCCUGAGUCCUGCUGCCCUGCUAAGGAAUAUUAAAACAUUGCAGACAAGCAAAUCCACUAAAGAGCAAUAUUACAGUCUAAAACUAUAUUUCAUUGUCCCAUAUACAAUUACGCUGGUUUAUCAUCACAAAUGUGUUUGUGUUCAAUAGUUGGUAUUGCUUUUAUUUAGUAAUAAAAUCAAAGAAUAUAUUUUUGGUUAGAUCAAAUCAAAAUAUUUUAUUUACUGACUCAUUCUGAAAUGUUUUAUUGACCGAGUUAUGGUUAGUAGCUAAAACGAUUCCAGUAUUGAAUCUCAGAAGUCUUUACUCUAGGUGGCGCACUUUUUUUGGAUUGUGCUCUAUUGAAUGUCACAUACCAAUGAAUAUGUGUAUUUUGUAAUAUCCUCAAUGUAAUGCGAUGAAUGUACUUCCUGCUUCAUAGUCAUUCCAUGCUGAUGUAAUCCAAUAAAAAUGUUGAAAUGUU